AUGGCGCACAUUUACGAGGUCGGCACAAGGGCCUGGCAGCCCGACCCGACAGAAGGGUGGCUGGCGUCCGAGGUGAAGGAGAAGCUGGUGGACGGGGAGAAGGUUCAAUUGGUGUUUGAGCUGGAAAAUGGCGAGACAAAAACCGUUGAGACCACGCAGUCCGAGCUGCAGGUCGACAACAAUCCUAAACUACCACCGCUCAUGAACCCGGCGAUGCUUGAAGCAAGUGAAGAUUUAACAAACCUGUCACAUUUGAACGAACCCGCUGUCCUCCAGGCAAUAAAACUCCGAUAUGCUCAGAAGGAGAUAUAUACCUACAGUGGUAUUGUCCUGAUCGCGACAAACCCCUUUGCCCGAGUCGAUUCGCUUUACGUGCCGCAGAUGGUGCAGGUCUAUGCUGGGAAACACCGUGCCUCACAAGCCCCUCACUUGUUCGCAAUUGCGGAGGAAGCUUUCGCUGACAUGCUCCGCGAUGGAAAGAACCAAACGAUCGUGGUCUCUGGAGAGUCCGGAGCGGGUAAGACCGUCAGCGCCAAGUAUAUCAUGCGUUAUUUUGCGACUCGCGAGUCCUCCGACCAGCCUGGAAAGUACACCACAAGCCGAGCAGAAGCUAUCAGUGAAACCGAGGAGCAGAUUUUGGCAACCAACCCUGUCAUGGAAGCGUUCGGUAACGCCAAAACGACACGUAACGAUAACUCUUCCCGUUUCGGAAAGUAUAUCGAAAUCAUGUUUGACGAACGGACGAACAUUAUUGGUGCGAAGAUCCGGACAUAUCUUCUUGAGCGGUCGAGACUGGUGUUCCAGCCUCUGAAGGAGCGAAACUACCAUAUCUUCUACCAGCUUGUGGCCGGUGCCUCGGAUGCGGAGAAACAGGAGCUGGGUCUCUUGCCCGUGGAAGACUUUGAAUACCUUAACCAGGGUGGCACGCCUGUGAUCGACGGUGUUGAUGACAAGGCCGAAUUUGAGGCAACUAGAAAGUCUUUGGCUGUCAUUGGUGUGCCGAAGGAGGAUCAAACUGGAAUUUUCCGUGUUCUUGCAGCCUUGCUGCACUUGGGUAACGUCAAGAUCACCGCUACUCGUACGGAUUCUUCAGUUUCAUCAACCGAACCCGCUCUUGUCCGCGCCUGUGAGAUGCUCGGAAUCGAUCCUACUGAGUUCGCCAAGUGGAUUGUGAAGAAGCAACUGAUCACCCGCGGUGAGAAGAUCACUUCCAAUCUGACACAACAACAAGCUCUGGUCGUACGAGACUCCGUCUCCAAGUUCAUCUAUUCGAGUCUGUUUGACUGGCUGGUCGACAAGAUUAACCGCCGUUUGGCCACCGACGAAGUGCUUGAGAAGUUCAAGUGCUUUAUUGGUGUUCUUGAUAUUUACGGAUUCGAGCACUUUGCCAAGAACUCCUUUGAGCAGUUCUGUAUCAACUAUGCCAACGAGAAGCUUCAGCAGGAAUUCAACCAACAUGUUUUCAAGCUUGAACAGGAAGAGUAUGUCCGGGAAGAGAUUGACUGGACUUUCAUUGAUUUCUCGGACAAUCAGCCUUGUAUCGAUCUCAUUGAAUCUAAGCUCGGUGUCUUGGCUCUGCUGGAUGAAGAGUCUCGCCUUCCUAUGGGUUCUGAUGAACAGUUUGUCACUAAGCUUCACCACCACUUCGCUGCCGACAAGCAAAAGUUCUACAAGAAGCCUCGCUUCGGCAAGUCUGCGUUCACCGUCUGCCAUUACGCUGUGGAUGUCACUUACGAGUCUGAUGGAUUUAUCGAGAAGAACCGUGAUACUGUGCCCGAUGAGCAUUUGGAAGUGCUGCGCAACUCCUCGAAUCCCUUCAUCAAGGAGAUCCUUGACACUGCUGCUGCUGUUCGCGAAAAGGACUCUGCCUCGAUGUCUUCCAAACCAGUUGCGGCAGCUCCGGGACGUCGCAUUGGUGUUGCGGUGAAUCGCAAGCCCACUCUCGGAGGAAUCUUCAAGUCCUCUCUGAUUGAAUUGAUGAACACCAUCAACAACACCGAGGUUCAUUACAUUCGUUGUAUCAAACCCAAUGAGGCGAAGGAGGCCUGGAAAUUCGAGGGACCCAUGGUCCUCAGUCAAUUGAGAGCCUGUGGUGUCUUGGAAACUGUCCGCAUCAGUACUGCAGGUUACCCAACCCGAUGGACUUAUGAGGAAUUUGCGUUCCGCUACUACAUGCUAUGUCACUCCUCCCAAUGGACCUCGGAGAUCCGGCAAAUGUGCCAUGCUAUUCUUCGCAAAGCCCUGGGUGAUGCCAGCCAAGACAAGCAGGAUAAGUAUCAGCUCGGUUUAACCAAAAUCUUCUUCCGGGCUGGUAUGCUUGCUUUCCUUGAGAACCUUCGAACCUCCAGGUUGAACGAGUGUGCCAUCAUGAUCCAGAAGAACUUGCGUGCCAAGUACUACCGCCGCCGUUAUCUCGAUGCUCGUGACGCCAUCCUCACCACACAGGCCUUCAUCCGUGGUUUCCUGGCACGCCAACAGGCUCAGGAGAUCCGUCGGUCCAAGGCUGCUACUACCAUCCAGCGGGUCUGGCGUGGUCAGAAGGAGAAGAAGCGGUACACCCAGAUCCGCAAGAACUUCAUCAUGUUUGAGUCUAUUGCGAAGGGUUUCCUGUGCCGACGCAACAUUAUGGACUCGAUCAAUGGCAACGCAGCCAAGGUCAUUCAACGCGCCUUCCGCUCAUGGCGUCAAAUACGGUCCUGGAGACAGUAUCGCCGCAAGGUUAUCACCAUCCAAAAUCUUUGGAGAGGUAGAGAGGCGAGAAACGCCUACAAGAGACUCCGUGAGGAUGCACGCGAUCUUAAGCAAAUUUCUUACAAGCUGGAGAACAAGGUCGUCGAGUUGACUCAGUACUUGCAAUCCCUCAAGGCUGAGAACAAGACUCUGGUUUCACAGUUGGAUAACUACGACACUCAAUUGAAGUCCUGGCGAAGCCGACACAAUGCUUUGGAUGCCCGUACGAAGGAACUCCAAGCCGAGGCAAACCAAGCAGGUAUCACCGCAGCCCGAUUGGAGGUGGUUGAGGAGGAGAUGGCCAAGCUGCAACACAGCCAUGCUGAGGCCCAGGCCAACAUUAAGCGUCUUCAAGAAGAGGAGAGGAUCUCCCGCGACGCUCUGCAGGCUGCCAACGAGGAGUUGGAGCGCCUUAAACUCCUGGAUGCCGACCACGAGAAGGAUAAGACUGCUCUCCGACAGCGCAUCACCGACCUGGAGGAACAGCUCGAGGUUGCUAAGAGAUCUGUGCCUGUCAACGGUGUCAACGGUGACGUGCCAAACGGCGGUGCUGUUCAGGCACCUGCACCAGGCUUGAUCAACUUGGUGUCUUCGAAGAAGCCUAAGCCAAAGAGACGCAGCGCUGGCGCUGAGAAGAUUGAAACUGAUCGUUUCAGCGGUGCCUUUAACCCUCGCCCUGUGUCUAUGGCAGUCACCCCUGCCUCCUUGGCUGCCCGUCAGCAUGCGGCUAUCUCUCCUGGCCUUGAGUCAGUGGAGGUCGAACUUGAGAACUUGCUCUCCGAGGAAGAAGACUUGAACGAGGAGGUCGCCAUGGGCCUCAUUCGAAACCUGAAGAUCCCUCUCCCCAGCUCUACUCCCCCGCCAACAGAGAAGGAGGUGUUAUUCCCGGCAUACUUGAUCAACCUUGUUACAUCAGAGAUGUGGAACAACGGCUUUGUCAAGGAGUCUGAGCGCUUCUUGGCUAAUGUCAUGCAGUCCAUUCAACAAGAAGUCAUGCAGCAUGAAGGAGAUGACGCGAUCAACCCUGGUGCUUUCUGGCUGUCUAACGUGCAUGAGAUGCUGUCCUUUGUCUUCCUGGCCGAGGACUGGUACGAAGCACAGAAGACCGAGAACUAUGAAUAUGACCGUCUGUUGGAGAUUGUGAAGCACGACCUUGAGAGCUUGGAGUUCAACAUCUACCAUACCUGGAUGAAGGUGCUGAAGAAGAAGCUUUACAAGAUGAUUGUGCCCGCCAUUAUCGAAUCUCAAUCCCUCCCUGGCUUUGUCACCAGUGAGACAAAUCGUUUCCUCGGCAAACUCCUGCCCUCCAACAACAACCCCGCCUACAGCAUGGAUAACCUCCUCAGUCUUCUGAAUGGUGUCUACAAGGCCAUGAAGGCCUUCUACCUUGAGCAUGCCAUUGUUCACCAGACUAUCACGGAGCUUUUGCGCCUUGUCGGUGUUACCGCUUUCAACGAUCUCCUCAUGCGCCGCAAUUUCCUGUCUUGGAAGCGUGGUCUGCAAAUCAACUACAACAUCACCCGAAUUGAGGAGUGGUGCAAGAGUCAUGAUAUGCCAGAGGGGACGUUGAAGCUGGAGCAUUUGAUGCAAGCAACCAAGCUUCUGCAGCUGAAGAAGGCAACCUUGAAUGACAUUGAGAUUAUUCAAGACAUCUGCUGGAUGCUAUCCCCCAACCAGAUCCAGAAACUGCUGAACCAGUACCUGGUUGCAGACUACGAGCAGCCUAUCAACGGCGAAAUCAUGAAGGCCGUCGCCUCUCGCGUCACAGAGAAGAGCGACGUCCUCUUGUUGGCCCCGGUAGACAUGGAAGACAGUGGACCAUAUGAGAUCGCUGAGCCGCGUGUGAUCACAGCCCUGGAAACUUACACUCCAUCCUGGCUCCAAACACCACGGUUGAAGCGACUGGCCGAGAUUGUCUCUGCGCAAGCAGUGGCACAACAAGAGAAGCUGGAGUUUGACAACGGGGAGAUUGAGGAAUAG